AUGACGUGGACGAAAGAUAUAGGAAUCUCUAGGCCAGAUGGAUGGCAUACUAAUAAUGCUGGGGCGCAUACUGGAUUCUGGGAUUUGUACCGCGCCCGAAGACGAUACUCGGUUGACCCAAGUUGGCAUCACUGGAUCUAUCUCUCCGAAAAUCUGCAGCCCCUCAACGAAACUUGGAACCAGGACCCUUGGGAUAGAGCGUUUCUAGAUUUGCUGCAGUAUAGAGACAAGAAUGAGCCAUUGGGUCGCUCCAACUUCAACUACAUUACUUGCCCACACAGCUUUCUUUGUGCGACUUGGCGAAUUUCAGGCCCAGCAUUGAUUCACUUUACCAACGAGCCCGUGAAAAGAAAUCUGACCGAGAAACGAUCUCGGAGGCGAAUUCUUGAUCCUGUUUCAGUUCGAGUUUUCGAGCUUCCUCUCAGCGAACCAGUUAUCCCCGGCACCUUUCCUACUCAUUUUGAGCAAAUGCGAUCCAUCACAGCAAGUAACUCAACUUAUUGGACGACAAGAAUGAAGUAUUCAAACUUUGAUCAAGUUCUCGGUCAAGCAAAAAGGGUGCUUAAGAAAUAUGAGGAUAAAUAUCCUUUAACAUAUGGUCUACUCGCCAAAGCAGAACACAAGUGGACCAGACUUAUUGCUGCAGAAGAGACAAAUCUUGUUUUCAUUCCUCAAGUUAUCUCGUUCCUCGCUGGAGCUAUCCCCAGUCGUCAUGGUGUCAGCCUGUGGGAGCAAGGGUGGGAUUGGUGGAGGGAGAGACAGUAUGAGAAGUCUACAAAGGGGAAUGUUGAACAGCGUGACGCCGACAAAGCGGCAUGGGAUCCGGUGGCGUACCAGCUCCGGUAUAUUCUGGACAGCAUGACGGAUGAGGACAAAGAAAAGUUCGGAAAGACAUACAGGGGAGGAAUCUUGUUAGAGAGGUUACAAAAAGGCUUGGAGAAGAAAGACUGGGAUGGUAGAGAGGAUAUCAUAAAGGAGAUUGAGGGUGCUCUUGGUGCUUAA